AUGACCUGUAUGUUCUCCCUAUUUCGCAAGCGUCGCAAGUCGGAUCCCUCUUCGACCGAUACUCCGCGGUCCGAGCGACAAUCCGGAUCAAUGUCCACACAGGCCACAUCGCGGCGCCAUGACGUCGACCAGCUCACGAAGGACAUGGCCCGUGCAACGAUCAGCAGUGUGCAAACAGUUCCGUUAGCAAAUAGCGCAUUUAUCGGUGGGUUUAACCCGGCACUGGGCAACAGCCUACCAAGUGUCCCGCAGACGCAGUCCGGGCAGUCCGGGCGUAAUGGUGUACUACCUGCAUCCCACUCGUCCCACGCAACCCCGACCUGGACCCUUGCCCAUACCCCCGCGGAUGGACAUAGUACCAACAUCGAGGACUAUGCAGUACGCACAAACCCUGGCGCCUUUACGAAGGCUGGCGCUCGCUGUUCACGAGUCGUAAAGCAGCCCGUCUCUCUCGAUGCCGUAGAUCCAGAUGUAGAGCCGAAGCAAGAGCGAUUCUGCCACCAGCAUUUGAAGGAACAACUCAAACAUACUCAGUUCCCGUUGAAAGGCGACAUAUGGGUAGAUUUUGCAGACUGGAUCCCGAGUUAUCUGCAUCCUAAUACCCAGGCUGCACUGCGAAAGGAAAUGCAAAGGGUUAUAUCUGCCGCUGACGAGCCCGGUUACAUUUAUGUUUAUCAAUAUCGAGAUCUACAUGGUCCCGAUUAUCUGUGCUUCAAGGUGGGGCGUACCGUGACCUUGAACAAGAGACUCGGCGAAUGGGAGAAACAGUGCGGAUCGAGGGUUCCCCACUUACGACACUGGGCCCCCAGCUCGGUGGACGAGCGAGACCAAGGCAUAGUCGGGGGUGGUGUCAAACAAGGCAAACCGGCCGCAUGGUGUCAUCGCCUAGAGCGUCUAAUUCAUCUCGAGCUCGCCGACCAACUUCGUUAUGCGCCGUAUCUUGAUCCGAAGUAUCCGAAUAUAGAGGGAGAGCGGAAGCUGGCAGAGAUUCCGAAGAAAGCGCCAUGUUCAGACUGUCAGCAUCACUGCCCUUCCUUACGUCGACGUCUUAACCUAACUGUUCUAACAGGCGGCAAAAUGCAUCGCGAGAUCUUCCCGUUACCCCGUGCGCCAGACGGUCCCUUCAAAGACAGAGAGCUGGAAAACAUCGUGAUACCCGUUGUGGAUAAGUGGACUCAAUUUAUGGGGAUAUACGGGGACGCAUUCAAUAUCCAGGAGAAACAAUUAACCGACGGACAGUAA